UAUCAAGUCCGGGUUCCUCUAAUAGUUUCAGAGGAAAAUAUUGGGGAUUGGACUCCAUGGAUGGAAUUCCCAAACUUUGAAUCUGGUUGGGAACAAGGAAGAACUGUCGACAUGAAGACCCUCCUGCUGUUGGCCAUGAUCAUGGUCUUUGGUCUGCUGGAAACCCACGGGGAUUUGCUGAAUUUCGAGAAAAUGAUCUGGAAGACCACAGGAAAAGAAGCCAUGUCUACUUAUGCUUUCUACGGUUGCUACUGUGGCUUGGGCGGAAAAGGAACCCCCAAGGAUGCGACGGAUCGGUGCUGCAUGGCGCAUGACUGUUGCUACAAACAGUUGCAGAACCGUGGGUGUGGCACCAAGUUGCUGGGCUACAAGUUUUCUUACAACAAGGGCCAAAUCACCUGUGCAAAACAGGACUACUGUAGAAGUCAACUGUGUGAAUGUGAUAAAGUGGCUGCUACCUGUUUUGCGAGAAACCGGAACACCUAUAAUAAAAAAUACCAAUUCUACAAAAAAUGGCAGUGCGGCAACAGGGCCCUCCAGUGCUGAGGGUCCCCUUACCCUGGAUGCCUCACCAGGAGCCCUUUGAUCCCCAGAUAGAAACUUUCUGUCCAGACUGAGAGGCCCUGAGACAUGUAUACCUCGCCUCUUAUCCCCCUCUUCCUUGGGCAGCAGGAGAAUUCCCCCUUUUCACUGUCCUCUAAGCCCUGCUUCCUGCUUAGGUAUGGCAGCUACACUCCCCAGGUCUCUUCCCAAUAAAGCAAU